CUUAUUCAACUAAUUUUUGCUCCGCGGCUUCCUAACAGGAAUGGAUUCUGUCAUCAGAGAGAGCGUACAAGACUGAACUCCGAAUAUUCUGGCAAAAUGGGGCAAACUAUGUUACAGCCUCAAGUAUUCUUUCUGUGUUCCAUUAUCCUCACAUUAUAUUUUGCCCUUUUGCAACCGGUGACUGCACAAAUCACUGCACCAUGGGAAGUUGAUGCUCUUAAGGCUAUCAGAGGCAGCUUGAUAGAUCCAUUGGGACGUCUUAACAGCUGGAAUCGUGGAGAUCCUUGCACAGGGAAUUGGUCCCAUGUCAUCUGCUACAAUGCAACAAGCAAAAUUGAUGGAUACUUGCAUAUACAGGAAUUACAGCUCCUAGCGUUGAAUUUAUCAGGAACUUUGGCUCCUGAGCUUGGUCAGCUUUCUCAAAUGAAAAUUAUGGAUUUUAGGUGGAAUUCGAUAGGCGGGAGCAUACCUAAGGACGACGUCGGGGGGUAGGGCGGCGUUGGGGUG